UGCGCGUUUUGGCCCCUUGUUCCCUCGCGCAGUUGCGACAUUGUGAUGUGCACUGUGCAGCGCAGCUGAUGCGUAAAGAUGGCCGGCACUGAUACAAAUGGAUAGACUCGCAGCAUUUUGUCUAUGUAUACAUAUUGCACGAUUAAUAUGAAACGAAGAUUUCGCAGAUGCAUCACCGUAAUCUCUAUCCAGCAUAAAGCGUAAUCGUAGAUAAGAAACAUCGUCCGAUCGAAGUUUACAUUCGCUGACCGUUUGAUCGGCGAUGCCAAUACAUUUGUUUCGUCGAAAAAGCGACGAGAUGAGCGUGGUAAAGACGACGCAGCAGAAUGCAGCGAUCACUUCUACAAUGAUAUUCGUCGUACAGCGACACUGCGGAUGUUGUAGAUAUUACAGACAACACAGACAUCGUACGUGCCAUUGCGAUUGGAAUUAAGAUUGUGUAGCGGAUAUAUCUCUGCAACGGCUGUUUGCACAAUAUCAUGGCUUACGAUUCGCGUAAUGUGAAAUAUUCAUCAAAUACUCAUGCCCAUCAGCAUACUACUCGACCCAACAUGACUGGGUACACAUACUCUGGUCAUCCCCCGCAGCAUUUCCAACAGACUGAUGAAAAUAGAAAUGAGAACAACUUGUGUGGUACCAAAGAGCUCUGUCCACAAAUCUCACAGCAAUCAUCCGGUACACAGACUGUGCAGAAAGUCGAUGCUGCAACCAUGACGGAUCCUUUACAGAUUGAUUUUAGGCUUACUUCUGAAUACUUGGCGCGUUGUUCGAGUACGUUAGGUUUACCAUAUGUAACUAAAUACGAGGACAACAGUAAUAAUUCUGCGCAUAGUUGUCAAACAGUAAGACCAAAAAUUGAAUUUGAGAUUGAACCACAGCAUAUUAAUGGUAUAUUGAUUUACCAUUGCCCUGAGUGCGCAUACAGAUUUGAAGAUCGGGAGGCGCUCCACGAACAUCUCGAGGAUCAUAAACAGAGACCACAUAUCUGUGAUAUUUGUGGGGCAAGCUUAAAACGGAAAGAGCACUUGGAUCGUCACAAGCAAGGUCAUAAUAAAGAUAGGCCUUAUCAAUGUAACAUGUGCUGUAAAGCAUUUAAACGUAAUGAACACUUGGCACGUCACAUGAUCACUCACUCAGGCAGCAAGAAUCAAAUUUGUACAGAGUGCGGCAAAGCUUUCUAUAGAAAAGACCACUUGAAAAAACAUUUGCAGAGUCAUAAUAGCGGUCGGAGCAAGCAUUUAAAUAUAUCGCAAAACAAUCAGAACGAUCAGCAGCCAAGUGAUGAGGGACUAAGUAGUUUUGCAAUGAUGAUGAGGCAGACUGGACCUCCCCCAUUUUCAAUUUUACGGACUUAGUUAUUAUAGCUACAUAAUGACUGUGUAACAUUAACUUUUAUCUCCGUCUAUAAGCCCAGGUCGUUUUACUAUUACGCGAUGAUUUAAUUCUGUAAGAUUUAAUACGAAUUUAAUAAGCUUUAUCUAACAUACUUAACUUUGCGGAAUAAUUGAAAAUAAUUGUUAAUAUAACAAUCCAUGUUCCUAAGGGGAGUAUAUCUUAUAUCUAGUUUGUCAAUAAGUAGGCAAGAUUACAAUAAUGUUAUCAAUUUUGUAAUAUUCUUUAUAAUACACUGUACGUGUACAUGGUUGUCUCUCUAUAUUAAGAUUGUACCUGUUGAGAUUUUUUUAAACUUGAAUAAGUUUACUUUAAAAUUCGGAAAAAUUAAUGUUAUUAUCAAUGACCCUUUUUUUUACAUAAUAUUACUUAUUUCUUUGAAAAAAAAAGGAAAAAAAAAGAGUUUGGUCUUGAUAAGCUUGUGAAUCCAGUGAAUGUUUUUAUAAAUUAUAUAUAUGUAUAAUACGAGCAGCCAGAACACAGAUUAUUUUAUCUCUACACUGAUCGUUUUAAAUAGAUUUAAAUUUGAAUCUUAUUUUGAUAUUCGCUCUUCAUUUCUGUUUGUUAUCCAGAGCGAUAUUAUUCUCUUUGUUGCAUUGAAAAAGAUAUAAAUUUAACUAGCCGUUAAAAGGCAAUAGAAACAGAUUAUGGCAUCGUGAACCGCGUUAGACCUUUAUAUUGAUAUCAAUUGUAACGAAGAAAGCUAAUACUUGAAGAAAACUAAUACUUGGCAAUAACGCGAUUCCCAAAUUUGUUAGUUUCUUUUUCUUUUGCAUUUGCAUUUAAAGUAGAGAAGCAAGGUAGUCUUCAUCAAAUUGGGAGACUAAUUGUAGAGUAAUAUUGUAAAGCGCUAAUAUUGUAGAAAUAAAAAUCUGCAGGUUUUA